AUGAGUGAGGUGCACAAAUACGUUCAAAGCCUUAUUUCCACCCAUGUGCUAGUGCGUUUAGACAAUGGUGCGACUGCUCGCGGGCUCACGAUAAGCAUUGACGACCGCUGCAACGUCUUGCUUGUAGAUUGCACCUAUACAUCCGGCACUCAAAAGAGCUUCCUUAACGAGAUGCUCAUUCGUAGCAACCAUAUCCUUUUCAUGACAGCGGAUCCAUAUAGCCAGCAGAAGGAAUAG